CCGGCCGCUCAUUGUGCUUCGCCUCACGCCGGCCCAAGAUGGCGGCGGCGCUGGAGAAGGCGACGAGCCGCUAAGUACAAUAGAGGGAGGCGGAGGGGAGCGGGCGGCCCCGACCCCCGCCCGGCCCCGCCCCGGCCCCGGCCCCGGCCCCGGCCCCCGCCCCGCUCCCUCUAGCAUGGUGCGGGGCCGCCGCCGACAUGGGCGAGAGGCUGGAGCUCCGGCUGAAGUCGCCCGUGGGCGCCGAGCCGGCCGUCUACCCCUGGCCGCUGCCCGUCUACGACAAACACCAUGAUGCUGCUCAUGAAAUCAUUGAGACAAUUCGGUGGGUCUGUGAAGAAAUCCCAGAUCUCAAGCUUGCUAUGGAAAAUUAUGUUUUAAUUGACUAUGAUACAAAAAGCUUUGAAAGCAUGCAGAGGCUUUGUGACAAAUACAACCGAGCCAUUGAUAGCAUUCAUCAGUUGUGGAAAGGAACCACCCAGCCCAUGAAACUGAACACUCGUCCUUCCAAUGGACUCCUCCGUCAUAUCCUGCAGCAAGUAUAUAACCACUCGGUGACCGACCCAGAGAAACUCAACAACUAUGAACCCUUUUCCCCAGAGGUGUAUGGAGAAACUUCCUUUGAUUUAGUGGCCCAAAUGAUUGAUGAAAUUAAGAUGACAGAGGAUGACUUGUUUGUCGAUUUGGGCAGUGGUGUGGGUCAGGUGGUGCUCCAAGUUGCUGCAGCCACAAACUGCAAACAUCACUAUGGUGUGGAGAAAGCUGAUAUUCCAGCCAAAUAUGCUGAGACGAUGGACAGAGAGUUCAGAAAGUGGAUGAAAUGGUAUGGGAAAAAACAUGCAGAAUACACACUGGAAAGAGGUGACUUCCUCUCAGAAGAAUGGAGAGAGCGAAUUGCAAACACAAGUGUUAUUUUUGUGAAUAAUUUUGCCUUUGGUCCUGAGGUGGAUCACCAACUGAAGGAGCGAUUUGCGAACAUGAAGGAAGGUGGCAGAAUCGUGUCCUCAAAACCUUUUGCACCUCUGAAUUUUAGAAUAAAUAGUCGAAACUUGAGUGAUAUUGGCACUAUAAUGAGAGUUGUGGAAUUAUCACCACUGAAAGGGUCUGUUUCAUGGACAGGGAAACCAGUUUCCUACUACCUGCAUACUAUUGAUCGAACCAUACUUGAAAACUAUUUUUCUAGUCUCAAAAAUCCAAAACUCAGGGAGGAACAAGAGGCAGCUAGACGUCGUCAGCAAAGAGAAAACAAGAGCAACACAACAACUCCGACAAAGGUGCACGAAAACAAGGAUUCUGGUCCUGAAGAGGAAAAAGCUGGGGCAAACACCAUUAAGAAGCCAUCUCCCUCCAAAGCACGCAAGAAGAAGCUGAGUAAAAAAGGAAGGAAAAUGGCAGGCAGGAAACGAGGGCGUCCUAAGAAGAUGAACACUGCAAAUACGGACCGCAAGACCAAGAAGAACCAAACUGCACUGGAGCUUCUGCAUGCUCAAACUGUGUCACAGACAUCCUCAUCCUCUCCUCAGGAUGCAUACAAGUCACCUCAUAGUCCAUAUUACCAACUACCUCCGAAGGUGCAACGGCAUUCAUCUAACCAGCUGUUGGUGACUCCCACCCCACCUGCACUACAGAAGCUGCUAGACUCUUUUAAGAUCCAAUACAUGCAGUUCAUGGCGUACAUGAAAACUCCUCAGUACAAAGCAAACCUGCAACAGUUAUUGGAGCAGGAAAAGGAAAAGAACGUUCAGUUAUUGGGGACAGCGCAGCAGUUGUUCACCCAUUGCCAGGCCCAAAAAGAGGAAAUCAAGCGACUGUUUCAACAAAAGCUCGAUGAGUUGGGAGUUAAGGCUCUGACAUAUAAUGACCUGAUUCAGGCUCAGAAGGAGAUCUCUGCUCACAACCAGCAGCUGAAAGAACAGACGAAGCAGCUGGAGAAAGAUAACAGUGAACUCAGGAACCAGAGCUUGCAGCUGCUUAAGGCACGGUGUGAAGAACUGAAAUUGGACUGGUCAACUCUUUCACUUGAGAACUUACUGAAGGAAAAACAGGCGCUGAAGAAUCAGAUUUCGGAGAAACAAAAGCACUGCUUGGAAUUGCAGAUCAGCAUUGUGGAGCUUGAGAAAAGUCAAAGGCAGCAGGAGCUCAUGCAGCUGAAAUCCUAUACGCCGUCCGAUGAGUCCUUGUCAAUACAACUACGCAAUAAAAAUCAUCUAAGUCGUGAACCUGAGGUUGAUCAUGGCAGGUUCCAACUUGAGCUUGAGUGUUCUAAAUUUCCUAUGACCCAUAUCAAUGGCAUGAGUCCCGAACUGUCCAUGAAUGGCCAUGCUACUCCCUAUGAAAUCCAUAAUACUCUUAGCCGGCCCUCUUCCAAGCAAAACACCCCUCAGUAUAUGACCUCUCACCUGGACCAAGAAAUAGUUCCAUGUACCCCAAACCACAGCAGUAGACAGAAGGCGGACAAGACAUCCAGCUUGUCCUUACCUGAUUAUACCAGAUUUUCCCCUGCUAAGAUAGCCCUAAGGAGGCACUUGAAUCAGGACCAUGCAGUCAAUGGAAAAGCAACAACUAAUGAAAUUCAGAGAGCUGACCACAUAAAAGAGAAUGGCCUUACAUAUCCAAGCCCUAAUAUUUCAAAUGGCAUGAAGCUGAGUCCUCAGGAAACUCGGCCCUCUUCCCCAGCGGCCUUACCGAUUGCAGGCGAGAAGGUUUUAAGAGAGAGAACCUCUGCAAGUAAUGGAGAAACUAUCACCAGCCUACCUAUCAGUAUUCCUCUCAGCACAGUGCAGCCCAAUAAACUCCCUGUUAGUAUCCCUCUGGCCAGCGUAGUCCUACCUAGCCGUGUUGAGAAGGUGAGAAGCACACCAAGUCCAGUUCAUCAGAAUAGAGACUCUUCAACACUUGAAAAGCAGAUUGGUGCUAGUUCUCAUAAUGGCAUAAGCAAUGCUGCUGGAAACAAGCCACUGGCUUUGGCUACCUCAGGUUUUUCUUAUUCUUCUGGCUCCGUGGCAGUCAAUGGAACUCUUUCAAACAGCCCAGCCCAACUUAACCAUAGUGUUGAUCAGGCAGCUCUGGACGACUCUGGGAGUCUGUUUAACUCGGUAGGGUCUCGCAGUUCCACUCCACAACACCCUUUGCUAAUGAUGCAGUCACGGAACUCGGGGCAAAACUCCCCUGCUCACCAGCACUCAACAAGCCCCAGGUUAAACGGAGCCUCCCAGAGCCUGGUAGGGGUAUUGCAGUAUGCAGAUGCUCAGAAGAUGUUUGCUGAAGGAACAAAGGGGGAUCUUCAGUCUGAUGCAGCAUUUUCAGAUCCCGAGAACGAGGCCAAGAGAAGAAUCAUCUUUACAAUCUCUCCUAAUACAGGAAAUGUAAAACAAUCUCCUUCCAACAAGCACAGUCCCCUGACCUCGAGCAUUCGGCUGGACUGUGGUCAAGCAUACAUGCAAGAUGGGAAGAAACGAGGUCGAAGGAAGAGAUCUUCUACUGGGAAUCUCAGCGUGAGCUCUGGGGUGUCCCCCAAACGCAAAUCCUUACCAACAGUGGCUGGACUGUUUACUCAGCCUUCAGGGUCACCACUCAAUAUUAACUCCAUGGUCAAUAACAUUAAUCAGCCUUUAGAAAUAACAGCCAUUUCCUCCCCUGAAAACUCCCUGAAGAACUCUCCUGUUCCCUACCAGGACAAUGACCAGCCCCCAGUGCUGAAAAAGGAGAAGCCCCUCAUUCAGACCAAUGGCAUUCAUUACUCGCCGCUGACAUCUGAUGAAGAGCAGGGGUCUGAAGAUGAGCACAAUAGUACCAGAAUUGAGAGAAAAAUUGCAACAAUAUCAUUGGAAAGCAAAUCUCCACAAAAGACUGUUGAAAAUGGUGGCAGUUUAGCUGGAAGAAAACAAGCGCAAACCAGCGAGAACAUGAAUAGCAGUAAAUGGAAGUCUACCUUUUCACCAAUAUCUGACAUCAACCUGACCAAAACUACAGAUAGUCCCUUGCAGGCUGUUUCAUCUCUGAGCCAGAAUUCACUGUUUGCCUUCAGGCCAUCCUCUGAGGAUGGCAUGGCCAUUGACAGCAAGAUCACGGCACAUGCGAGAAAAAAUGUCACCAUGCCCUCCUCUGGAACAGAUGGACUCAGCCCCAACACAAAUGCUGCAAAUGGAUUCACGUACAACGGUGGACUGACGACAGAUAUUGGUUUACACAGCUUUAUUGAUGGUGCUUCUCUUCCUCAUAAGAUUUCAGAUGUGACUUCCCUUAAUUCCUCUCUGAGUUUUCAGUCUCAGCGGAGCAAAGACUUGGGUGUCUCAGAGACAAAUCCCUUUUUGAACAAGAGGCAGCUUGAAGGCCUAGGCAGCAUGAAAGGGGAAGACUUAAAUCGGUCAGGGGUCAAAAGCAAAGAGAUGAGCGAAUUAAACAUUCGUACAGGGGGCUCUUCAGAAAAAAGCUCUUUGCAGCAUAAUGGAAAGGCCAGCAAAGGACGGGACCGAGAUGUGGAGUUUAAAAAUGGCCACAACCUUUUCAUUUCUGCUGCUGCUGUAUCUUCGGGUGGCCUUCUAAAUGGCAAAAGCCUUUCCACUGCUGUUUCCUCAGCAGGCAACCCAGCAUCUGUUCAGACACACCAUUCUUUCUUAAACACUUUGACCACUGGAUCGCAGUUCCCCCUUGGCCCCAUGGCCUUGCCAGCAAACCUCAACUCGGUGACGAACUCUUCAGUAUUGCAGUCUUUAUUUAAUACAAUGCCAGCUGCUGCCAGUCUGGUCCACGUGUCAUCAGCUGCAACCAGACUGACUAAUUCUCACACUAUGGGGAACUUCUCUUCUGGGGUUACAGGUGGAACAGUUGGAGGUAUUUUUAACCAUGCGGUGCCUUCUGCCUCCUCUUCUCAUCAAUUUGGAGCCAGUUUCAGCAGCAGUGCUGUCUCUAGCAGCACAAUGCUAAGCUUAAACCCUCUGCAGGCUGUUGCCACCACCUCAUCCUCAUCCUUCCAGUCCCCCUCCUCUAGCUUAGUAACAUCUAGUGAGAACAGACCUGCCCAGCACCUAAACAGAGCUCCAGUGCAAUCUGUUUUUCAUACCCCUCCUCCCCCACCUCCUAACGUUUCAUUGCCACCUCCUCCUCCAUUACUCACUUCUAACUCUGAGCCUGCGCUUCUGCAGAACUUGCCGUCCAUUCCAGCUAACGAAGCUUUUUUACCAUCAUCUUCUGCUGCUUCUGUCCAAUCUGCUAAUGCUUCUUUGUCUAUUAAGCUAGCUUCUCUUCAGCACAAAACUUCCCGUCCCUCCUUUACAGUCCAUCACCCUCCUCUGCCCCGUUUGGCGCUGGCACAGACCGCGCCCAUGAUCCCGCAGUCCAACGCAACCGGCACGUCUGCUAUGUGGGUUACACUUGGCAUGCAGUCUCCUUAUGCUUCGCACCUUUCUGGGGUUAAGCCACGAUAAAGAGCUUGCUUAGCUAACGGUUCUUAUUUUGUAAGGUAACUAGGAUUUCUACCUCAACCCAAUGUGACCUAUGCAAGGACAACGUGGACCAACUUCACUCGGCUUCCACUGAAAGGUGCUCACCUGGCCUGUGCAGGGGUUUCUACUCUCUUACUACUGGACAAAAUAAUAAUAAUAAAAAGAUAUAAAAAAAAAAGACCUUAAUAACAGAAAACAGAUUCUACUGUGAAUUGGAGUUUAACACAAAACAAAACAAAAAAAACAAGCCUGCAAAUGAAAUGCUUAAAAUAAAGCUCCAGUUUGUAUUGUUGAUAGUUUAGAUAAAGUAUUUAUCUUUUUUUAAAGUGAAAACAAUUUUGACUUAUUUUAUUCCAUCUAAAGUCAUAAACACAAAUAAUUAAAAAUAAUCUCUGACUAAUAAAGGACUGGCACACCAGCAGAGAUGUAAAGAGCCUCCUCUCGGUGCUAUUUCAUCCGUCAGAACUGUGCCUCUAGUUCGAAUCCUUGGUGCUGAAUAUGGAGGCUUGACCAAUGCCAAACCCAGUCUCAGAAAGGUCUGCUUCUUAUUUAUUCAACUCACUCUGUUCAUAUACCAAAGUCCAUUGGUUUACAGCAAAGUGAGAGCUACAAAGAAUGGCAGCCUUUGGUUUUGGGUGUUUAAUUAUUUUUAACUGAGCCAUCAGCUCUGUUAUCAGGCAUUUUUUUUUUUUAUUGUGGUGUUCGUUACAAACAAGAACGCAAUACUUCCCUCUGGAAUGGCAGCUAGAACACCUGGUGUAACCCAGUGAAGCUCAAACAAUUGAGAGAUACUUUGAACAGAAAUGUAAGUCUAGUCUAAUUGGACUACUUGGCCAUUAAAAGCCACUGGUGGCGCUUAAGUUGCUGUGAAUUUCAGUAGCUAGACUGAUAACUUAUUGGGGGAUGCCAUUGGCAUAUGGACAGGGUGCAUAAUCACUGGUAUUGGUCAGGCUCUUUCUAUUAAUAUUGGGAAGAUCGAAAACCGAGCUUCUAUACUGGGGCAGAUAGCAACAGAUUUUCUCAACCUGUUUUUGUUCUAAGUACGAUGUAUUUUAGUAAGGUUUUGAUACUUGAUUCAGAAAUGGCUUAACCUUGUACAUUUAUGACUAAGUGCAUUCGCUUUUGUAUUCUUUGCUUUACAUAGGUUUAAUUGGUAGUUCACAAAAACACCACAGUUUAGCUUACCUUGCUGCCACACUAUCAAACUGGUGCAUAUAAUUGUAUUGUGACUUGCUGUGCUGUGUACAGAGAAGUGCCGCUCUGAACAGUGGCUGUAUUUUAUAGAGAUGUGAUAAAUUUAUAAAUUUUGUAUGCUUUAUUUCAUUUAUUUUUAGAUUGUAUAAUGCACAGUAAAGUGGUAAAAAUGUUAUUUAUUCAAGUGCACAAAAUGGGGGAGAAGGAUCCGUUAGUUCAUAACCAACAUCAGUCUGUAGUGUAGACUGGACCAAGCACCAAUGGAGAAAACUGCAAUAACAGAAGGGGUUUUGCAACAGCAAAGUGACUAGAUUUUAAGAGCAUACCUGGGCUCAAGUGAACUUCUGCCUACUAGCCCAAGUUUGAUCGUUAUUUAUCUGAUCAUUGAUGAUCAGAGGCUCUUGGAAUCCUUUGGCCCAUUCCAGCUAGGUUCAUAGCUCUCUAAUAAUGUCAUCUCUUGUUCCCUUACCAGCUACUGAAUAGGAUUUCACUGUGUCACAAAGUACUGGGCUCAUGAAUCAACUGCUGCUUAGAUGUGUUUGGGGCAAGCCAAGUAUCUCUUAAUGUUUGCUUAGUUGUGCUGCCUUUCUGGGGCUGGUUUGAGAGGCAUGUCAAUGCUGAAUUCCUCGAUUCAAAGGAAUGGAGGUAGGACCUGUGCUCUUGCCUUGCCUGUUCUCUCCAUUUUCCUCCUACCCCCUGCUUGCUGCCAAGUUUGUGCAGUAUCCCAAUUAACAACUCCUACCUUGAGCAAAUUUCAGGCUAGCCAUUUCCCAUGAUACCAAAUCGCAGGCAGUGGGUUAAAGACUUCAAGUUCAGUUAUUUGAUGCCAAAAUGUGCAUCUCCCAUAGGUGGCCUCUGUGUGCAGAUUUAUCUUUGUCCCUAUUUGAUCAGAAAGUAGGUUUAGUUCAUAUCCCUGAUUCCCAGGGAUCGUUUUAACAGGUUUCUGGUUUGUGCCUGGGAAAGGCGGAAGGGACAAUGUAUCCUGCUCUUAGCAACAAUGAGGGAAUCCAUAGGAGGAAAAAUAAUGCUCAGGGAGCAAUAGCUGAGAAACAUCAAGUAGCUUCUAGUGGAAGCCGUAAACAGGUCCUGGAAUCCAGGAAGACUUGUAACCCAGUUAUUAUUUAGCUCUGAAUUGGGUAACUCCAGCCUGAUCCAGAUCUUUGGGUAACUGAAUGUUGCAGAGCUGCUGACUAUAUUCCCAACUAAAAAUGAAGUGCUCGGAUCCUUGGAGAGUUUUGAAAUGUUAGAAGUGAAAUGUGAACGGAUGCUGGAGGGACUGUAACUCUGCCCCUGUACAUGCUUUAGUUAGAUUGAUCUUGCCCACUGCAUCUACCUGCAUGACUUGAGAAAUGAGAGGGAAACUCAAAGGUACUUUUAAUUGGUCUUUCACCAAAUAACAACACCAGAUCCUGGUCGUGUGAAAAGGGCCUAAGAGCUUGGGCCCCUGACUUCCAGAGCUCUGUCAUCUGAAACCCAUAGAUGCAUCGAGGAAGGGAACUCCAGACCGCAUCACGGGUUGCGUACAUGGAAAACUCUGCCUGUAACAACCCCCCAACCUCCCUUCGCACUUGCCAGAUCAAGGGCAAGGAACUUUGUUUAAAAUAAUAGUUUCAUAGUGCCUAGGGUCAGAAGGGACCUAAACAGAUCAUCAGGUCUGAUCCCCUGCAACAAACAACAGCUGUAGAGGCUAUUGUGCCUUCUUAAUGAUGGGUUUCUAACUUCUAAACAUCUGGAUGCACACACUACCCAGCAUUUGUACCCUCUUGAAGCAUGUGGCCUCUGAUACUUAUUUUGCUAAAGGGUUUGACCCGAGCCACCUUCCAUUUUUAGUGACAAACGGGCCCAGCCCUAUGAAUUAUGAUCCAACUAAAUUCAGUGUAUCCAGGUUUCCAUGUACGGCGUGGGGGUAAUAGAUCUAAAUUAUGAAACUGCCCUGAGAAACAGACUGAAAGCUUGCGAUCCAGUCCUUGCUCUGCCAAGUAAUUCCCUUGUGGCAAGGCACUUUAAUCGCUCUUCCUCAGUUUUUCUUGUGGUAGAGGAUGCUGCCUCUUGGAUUGAAGGUUAGUACGUGCAUUGGUAAUGCAAAAUGUUCUGGAAGUACAACAGAUGUAUUUGUGUGUACCAGACUACAGGCCUUUAGAAAUGGAAGCCAAAUUUUGAUACAGCUUGUUCUGUUUAUCUAACUACGUUGCUGGACUGCAUGGCUCUCCUAGCUGCUAACCACAGUAAAAUAACCUUAAAGGAGAGCCUGAGUAGCCCAGUAGGUACUGCUUCUUCCCCUCAACAAAAUAAGUCUGGACAAAAGUGGCAGCUUGGGAAACCAGCUACUGAAAGCUUCUGACCUGCUAACUACCCUAGAAAUGGCGAAGCAUCUUUUCUAGUCUGCAGCCCUUGGAAGUAAGGCCCAUUUAAGUCUCAAACUCAGCUACUCCCAUCUUUCAUGGCUGCACUUUUUCUAUGGCUUGAUUAUCCCUUCUAACAGCAAUGAGCUGCACUGGGAUUACCUGGGUUCUGUGCCAGCAUCUUCCACCCUUUGCUGCUGUGCCUGAUCCUCUGUGCUCUGGAUUCGUUUCUAAUGCAUUUUGCUUGUUUAGGAAUCUAGUCUUCCCAGUAAUCUCAGCUGAGAGGAGCUUCCAAGUAAGCGUCAGGCAAGCUGAUACUGAUUCAGGGCAGAGUAAUAAGUGCUGAGCUGUAUGAUCUUAUUGUUUCCUGCCAAAUAUGCACACCCACCCUUCUAUCUCGCCUAGUCUGCAUUUUAGUGCUGUAUUUUUGGAAAUAGCCAUUUCUUGAUGUAGAAGCUGAAACCGAAGUGCUUGCCCAUCUUACCAACUUUCAUUUGACUUGAGCAAAUCAGUUUAACUUCUGUAUAUCAAGCUUCCCCAGCUGUAAACCAGGAAGAAUAUUGCCUCAUUUCUUAGUGUUUUGAAGUCUGUAGCUGAAAAGCUGCCUCAUUUCUAAGUGUUAUUAGUAAGGUUUUGAUCCAUCUAACUGAAAACUUUAGCUAUUUGUGCUCUUAGCAUGACAGCCUGAGGCCAGAGGCCUGUUUUCAAUAAUGAGAGGUACUUCUUCAAGCCAAAACACAGAGUUCAAGAAAGGAAUUCUUUCUGGUUUAGUUUCCCACACUUGUCCACAUCACUGCUGUCACAAAUGUUCCUUCUCAUCCACAUUGUAACUGCCAGCAAGGGACUCAUCAGGAAACUAAACGCAUCUUGCAGUGUCUGCAUUGCCAAAAAAAUUGAACUUUUUCAACAUUACACCGAGCUAAACCUGUGUGGCCCUCUCCAUCAAAUUGUGAGCUGGGGGGGUAAAUCUCUGCUAACCCAGAAACCAGCGUUGUGCUUGCUUCCUUUUUUUUGGUGGCCUGUUACCUCCCUUUCUUUGGCUUGGCUCUUCUACUCCACUGAGACCUGCUGCGCUGAUGGAAAGCUGGGAGAGCUCCCACUAAGCCUUCAUUUACUCUGCAGUUUUUAGCCCUAGAUAACAAAACUCCCUUGAGUGCAGGUUUUGUGCAAGGGUGGAGGUUGUAGCUGUGUUGGUCUUAGGUCAUAGGCAGACAAGGUUCUUUGGGUGAAUCUGAUAUAUUAGACCAGCUUAAAUAGUUGGAAAACAAUUUUUAAGCAUGCCUUCGGGUUCAAAAACCCUUCAUCAGGCUAAGGAAGAGCACACACCAACUGCUGAUACUUCCUUAGCCUGACACAGGAUUUUUGAACCCGGAAGCUUGCUUAAAAAUUCUUUUCCAACUAUUUAAGUUGGUCUAAUAAAAGAUAUCAGAUUCACCCAAAGCACCUUACUUGGUUUUGUGCAGUUGUUUUCUAUGGUACAUGGGGAGAGACUAGGGACAUCAAGGAAACAGGUUGAAAUCUGAAUCAGUGAGCUCCAUUUUUAAAUGUGUGUUCAGUCAUUUGCUUUUAGAGGAUCUGAUUGAAGAAACUGUACAGGGGGGAUCAUUGUAGCUUUCCAUAAAAAGGCACUGGCAUGUGCAGCUAGAUUUAAAGAUUCCCUUAAGUGACUGUGAACAGUAGGGAGUGCAGAGCAUCGUAAUGAUCCCGUGGGCAUUUCUUCUCUCUUAGAGCCCUUUCUCCUGUUUGUGCCUCUGUUCAUAGCGGGCACGGACAGCGCUGCUGUGCAGUGGCGGGUGGGGGUGUGCGCGUGGAGGGGGGAACAACCGCUAGUAAAUGUCAUACAUUUAGAAUAUUAAAAGAUUUUUUUUAAAUACGAGGGUUGCACCUACCGACCAGGCAUAGAUCAGGACCCUAUUGUGCUAAGUGCUGUACAGACUCGCCCAGAACCGGGGACGCCCUGCCCCAAAGAGCUUCCAAACCAAGUAGAGCCAUAGACAAGGACGGGAGAGCUCAAGGGCAAACCUCUCCCAUGCCUCCUUGCCCCCUUUGCUGAGGAAUAUUAGACCCCAGAUUACAUCCAACCUAUAGAUUAGUUGGGUUUGUGAGCAGGUUCAGAGAAGGCCCAGGGUUUGAUCAGCUUAUGGACCCUGACUUUUCAUACUUAACACUAGAGGUAGGUACAUGGUAGCUGGAGUGAGGCAAGUUGUACGGAGUCUGGUUCUACAGCCGCCUUCGCUGCUGCUUAAGGUUUCUGUUACUAGUGCUUGUUUCUGAAGCGAAUGCCAAGCUCUGAUCUGUAAAUAGAUGGGGGGCUUACAUCUCCAGGGUUUGCCAUCCUGUCAUGCUUUUUUGGGGCCCAAAUUGAAACAAUUGUUUUUAAAUUGCCUCCGUUAUUAAACUCUUAAUUCCAAGGGAUGAGGGAUCUCUAUAAAUAUAAUCAAGUUUAACUUGCAACAGCAAGUGACUUGACUUACCGUUUUUUUGGCUCUUGUGGAUGUCUGCUGAGCAGUUUCCAAGUCUGAAAACUAGGUGAUUCACAAGGCUUCACAUUGCACCUUUUAAUCCAAACGUUUCAAAGUUUUGACGAUGCAGUAUUUUAGGCUGAUUGGCUGUUAUGUCUUGGGCCGUGCAAACCUUUACCUGGAUAUUGCUUGCAAUUAUCCAUGUGCCUUAAUCUACGGAGGAACGUUUCCUUUCAUUUUGUUUGUGAAGCGGCAUUACUUUUGUAGAGUGCAAUACUGUCUUUAAUCUCUUGGCUGCCUAAAUCUGGGCACACGUGUGUGUGUGUGUGUGUGUGUACAGUGAUGUUGUUUGUGGGAAAACUGAAUCUUUGUAAAGAUGAUCUUAUCCAACAUGCCUUGACACAAACUGAAUAAAAUGGGGGUUAUAGAGGGAAAGGUGAUUUUAAGGCUGAACAACAAUUUAGUGAGUUUUUGUCCCUUGGAAAUGUAGAGCUUUUCUUGUAAGAAAACCAGUCCUUCAUGAUGUUCCUCAGAUGGGGAAUCUCUAAUCCCUUCAACACAUUUACUCCCAUCUAGGAGAAACUCAGUCACUCCAGCUCAAUUUAAAUUGGCCAUGGAGUGGGGAAGUGACAUGCUAGACCAGGGGUGGGCAAAAUGCGGCCCACCAGGCCAUACUAUCAGGCCCGUGGAGCCCCUAAAAAAUGUAGAAAAUGAAUAUCUGCCCCUGGCUGCCUGUCUUGUGGCCCUCGAUGGCUUGCCAAAACCCAGUAAGCGGCCCUCUGCCCGAAAUAAUUGCCUGUCCCUGUGCUAGACUUUCACAUCUCAAGCCCUGCGUUGUAAGUAAAGUACAAUGGCGUUCAGCGCUGCUUGUGCCUUUUGCCCCACUGCCCUACAACUUGGAGGAGAAGCCUAGGACUGGAAUAGCCAGAGUGUAGCAGAGAGGAGAACUGCUUUAACUGGACUGCACUGGGAAUACUUGUACAAUGUUUGCUUUACUUCACAGCUCUUGCUGGUGUGGCUCGUUGGUUGUGGGGAGUGCUCGUGCCCAGUUCUUUUUUUUCCUCGGAGAUGGAAUGUGUCUGUGGGACUUGAGGGUCAUUCAUGGAGCCCAGCUCUUUCUGACCUAUAAAGACUCAAGUGAUUUGCAAGUGUUGACUUGGAUUUCAUAAGACGAUCCUGCACUAUGGGGUGAGGCUCUAACACUGACAUCGGUGAGCAGGCUGGUUAAAGGUAGCUGUGCACAAUGGAAAGGGAACUUCCGAUCAAAAGCGUGCAGCAUGUUUGUGCUAUGAAAGACCCAGGCCUGUAAACGCUGACUUACCAUACUUCUCACUGGUAGUAGGUGCUCUGCCCCAAAAGACACGUUUGCAGGACGAGACUCCAGCUAAUUUUAAAAAUCCCAGUGUGCAGCUGCUGUCCUGUGUCUUCCAGCUGAAAUCGAGCUAUGUUGCUGGAACAACAGAUGGAUUCCAAGACCCGGGUCUUUCCACGGUUACAUAUAAGGUGCUAUGGUAGACACCUGUUUUUUUCGUUUUUUGCUUUUUCUAACUGAGUAGGCAACCAGAACUACAAUACCCCUCUCCCCAGCGGUGAAGAUGGUGCUAUUUUACCUCUCCCAGUGAUUUGUUACACUUGAUGUUUUCUUCACCGACCUGGAAGUAGCCUUAUCCUUACGUCUUAGAUUCCGACUUGGGUUGCUAACUUCGGUCACUGGUGCUGUUCCCUGAAGAGCUGUAUGUCAUCAGGACUUUCAAACCCUGUACUGUUGCCCAAGUUGGGCUCCCGUAGGAAUUCAGCGACCAAUAGCCAGUUUGCUUUCUAUAUGGAAAUCAAACCUUUUACACCAGGGUUCGAAAAUCAUGACACUGUAUUUUCUUAGAGGAUUCUCCCAAUUCAUACUCGCAGGUCAUUGCUUUAAUAGUUGUUGUUUUUUAUUUAUGCCUGAGCCAAAAGCAUGAAGAGCAUUGGGAGCUCUAAGCAAUGAUUUCUUUUAUUAAGAAAUGGAAGUUGUACAGUGGACUGCAAACGAACAGUAAUGUAAACUUUAGUUUGGGGAGAACAAACUAGAAAGUGUUUUUGUGAACUAUCUCUGCAGCACUGAGGAAAUCACAAUAGAUGGGAUUUUUUUUUUUUAAGCACAGAUUUAGUCAGCGUUGGAGUGUUAAAAUCCUUUGCUUAACAGUUUAAAGUCCUCCCUUCUCCCCCUCCACCUGUCAGUUCCAUAGCUUGCUUUUCAGGUUUCCAUUAAAAGUUGAGACUUACCAUGAAAAAAAAAAAAGUGCCAUAUUUUAUUUAUCCUUAUAACAUUAUAAAUAUAUAAAUAUCUAUUUAGGCUGAAUAUCGCAAUACAAGAUGCUGUUGCUUUUGAACUUCAUGGGAUAAUUCCAGUACUAAAAUUGAAAGUCUCAUUCUAGUGUAUUUAAUGUUUGUGACAGUCUCUCUCAAGAUUUUUGUGUUGAGUUUUUUUUGCAGCAAUAUCAAAAUGUGAUUUCUAAAAGUUUUAAGAUAUUAACCCUGAAGUUCUCAAGUUUGUGACCCCGUGAUUCUAAGGAAGAUCUGGUUACUUACCCGGUGCAGUGGAAUUGUCCUCUUGAAAGGUGAUGUUUCUGGAGUUAAUAAGGAAAAGGUAGAAUGGGUUGACCCAUCCUGCUUGGCUUUUGAUUUACCUAUUCUGUAAGCGAUCAGUUUUAAAUGAAAAUCCAACUCUUUAGGUCUCUGUUCUACUUCAAGUUUUUUUAGGAGUGGGAGUCUGCCCUUGCUGAGUGGGACUUGACAGGGAAUGCAGUAGGUUAUGAAGUUGCUGUUGCUCAGGAAUUGAUUAGUAAGACUUUUAACUACUAAUAAAAAUCCAUUUGUCAAUGGAUUUUUUAAAAAUACCCAUUUUAUUGCUUAGAACAUGUGAUAUGGGAUGUUUCCUAGUAAAUAGGAAUUAGUUUAUAUAAUUUUAGCUUAUAAAAUCCAAUUAUUUAAAAUUCAGACUUCCCCUAAUUUAUCUCUCGGAUUUUUUUUUUUUUUAUACUGGUAAGUUGUCCUGUCAUUCCGUUCAUUCUUCCAUAGAACUAGCGUGAAUACUUCUGGUGUGUAUAUAUGUAUGUAUAAUAUAUAUAUUUUCCACCCUACCUUUCUAAUUCUCUGCAAUGUAAAAGUUAGUUUAUUCUCCCCUCCCGUCACUUUAAUUUCUUGUGCCCUUUAUCUUGAUUUGUAAUUGAAACAAUGCUUUGAAGUUUUGUCUUUAUAUUAAAGUGUAUGUAUUUUAAUACAUUG